ACUGCCAGUAACUUCUCCGUCAGUCAGGAUGGAACGCCUGGAGCAUAAGCAAAAUAUACAGAUCGAAGAAGCCCAGUUUAAAACAGGCACGCGGAAAUUAGGUGGUGUGAUCACGGAUAUGAUCCUGUGCUUCUCCUUCCCCACCAACGUCACCUCGGUGCUAGGAGAAGGAAACACGAACCUUUUGUUCUGUCUCAGUGGAGUUCGCUUCCUCUCCAUCUCCUGGAUUGUCAUGGGCAACUGCCUCAGCUUCAUCCAUAAAGCUCCUGACAGUGUUGAAAACAGUGUAACUGGUGUGGAAUUAGCACAGAGUUUCUGGUUUCAAGCCAUUAUCAACUGUACCUUCGCUGCCGACACUUUCUUUAUACUCAGCGGCACAUUGCUGUCCUACACCUUCCUAAGGGGAAUUGAAAGGAAGACUGCUGCAGGAAAGAAAUUCACCGUCACACCAAAGUUCAUCUUUCUCUUCUAUCUUCAUCGUAUUAUCAGAAUAUGGCCGUGUUACCUGGUUGUAGUGAUGAUCUUCACCAACAUACUGCCCUACAUGGGGGACGGACCUCGCUGGAAGUAUGUCACUACCGCCAUCAACCAGUGCAAGGACCACUGGUGGGCUAACGUCUUCUUCUUCAGCAACUUCUACAAGGCAGAUGAAAUGUGUAUGACCUGGACAUACUACUUGGUCAACGACUUCCAGUUCUAUCUCAUCUCCCCAUUCAUACUGAUACCUCUUGUCAGAUUACCUCCCCUUGGUUUCACCCUUCUCGGUCUCCUCGUUGUCACUCAGGUUGUAUCUGUUGGAAUUCUGAAUAACAAGAUCAACGGAAACAUGCUAAGGAUGGACCAUGGCUACUUCUCCGACGUUUACGUCAAGCCCUACUGCCGGGUGGGAGUAUUUGCCAUUGGGAUGAUGCUGGGGUAUAUCUUAAACAAUUUUGGAAGACGGAUGUACCUUAGAAAGAUGCCACUUCUACUUGGGUGGUUGACGUCGAUGUGCAUGAUGACCUUCGUGGUGUAUGUGACGUACCUGGAAAACCGAGCAGGGGGUAGUGAGUGGACUGCCAGACAGACAGCCCUGUACGAGGCACUAGCCCGCCCUGCAUGGGGUCUUGCUGUCGCCUGGGUAAUAUUUGCCUGUAGCAUUGGACAAGGAGGGUAUAUCAAUACGUUCCUGUCUUGGAACUUCUUUCUUCCCCUGUGUCGGAUCACUUAUGGAAUUUAUCUUCUCCAUCCUCUUGUCAUCGUGGUGGUGCUUGGUGCAACCCGUAACCUUCUGUUUCUCUCAUCCCUGAAUUUGUGGCUGUUCUAUGUGCCCAUCCUGGUGACGGCAACAGCAGUGGCCUUGAUCCUCAUGUCGUGUGUUGAACAACCUUUCAUUAGACUAGAAAACCGUAUACGGACAAUUGUUUAACUAUGUCCAUCAAUGUCUGGUCACUAACAGUUCUCUUUGUUCACUCGUAUUUAAAACAAAUAAUGCUUUCAAUCUCCAAAUAUGUACUUCCUACAUUAAUAAAUAAAAUUAGA